GCGAAGUGGGGGUCACGGAGCGGCCGCGCGCGCUCUCGCCUGCUCCUCCUGAUUCGUCAGGCGAGUCGAAGAGGGCGGGCAUUUCCGGCGGGGCUGAGGCGGAAGCGGCAGUUCUGAGGUAGCCGCCGUAGGGAUGGGGUCCAAGGAGUUGGGGUUCGUAGUGGAGCUGCCCCCGACCCCGCGGGAGAGAAAUGCUGGUGAGUGUGCGAGGGUUUGGGAGGCUUCGCUGGUACGGCACUCGCGGAGCGGCCGGUGGAGAGGAAAAGGAAGGUCCGACCGACGUGCUGAAGGUGGAAACUGGAGAUAGGCGAGGGCUGUCUUCGUGGGGUCGGGUUGUUUUUUUAAGAGUUUGAUUUUAGGCAGCGUUCCCUUUGGCUUGGCCCCGAAAUCUGCUUCCAUUGCCGAGGUGCUUCGCCUUUGGAAGUAGGAAUUAAUCGCAAAUAAGCGGCGCGCACGCGCACAUCUUACCCAGGUGCAGGGAUGAUCUGCGGAGGCGGCUGCAACCCCCAAAAGUUUGCGUGUCUGAUGGCACAGUAGUCCUUUCGUUAAGACUAAGGCAGACUUUUAAUCUUCCUUUCUUUUUUUCAGAGUCCGGUGCUGCAAAGAGAAGUAAAGGCAAUCUGCCCGUGGUGAUACUGCUUGGGUGGGCUGGCUGCAAGGAUAGGUACCUGCAGAAGUACAGCACCAUCUACCUUCAGGAGGUGAGUAGUGAACUUACUUGACUGCAGUUAUUGCCGUGUUCUUCAGAGAAAGAACAAUUUGUGGCCAAUCCAGAAAUACAUCAAGAACACUUGGAUGGAUUGUACUCUGGGUGGCAUGUGGCACACCUGAACAUUGUGUAUAAAAGUGAAAAUUCUAGGGUGAGAAUUUCCUGACCUGAUCAUUCCCAGGACUUGCGUAGAGUAGACUCUAGUGCCAAGUGAAAAUGUUUGUCUUCAACCAGGCGUUUGGCUGAUUAACAUUCUAUGGCUUUUAAAAUGUGUUUGUAGGAGGGGGGUUUAUUGGUUUGUUUUUGUUUUGUUGUGUAUUUUGUAUUUUUCUGUUGUGAACUGCCCUGCGAUCUUCAGAUGAAGGGUGGUAUACAAAUUACAUACAUACAUAAUAAGUCACAGAGAGUAGCUUGACUGAUUUCAAAGUUGAAUUUUCUAUAUGGCCUGAUUGAAAUCUUUUUCAACUCUUUUAUGUUAACAGAAAGCUUGGGAAUAUUUGAAGUGUUUAGUUUUGGUAGCAACUUUAGCUUAAGAAGUUUGCUUGGCAUCCUCUUUAAAAUGUAUUCUAGGGGACAUUCAAAAGCCUACUAUUUUGUGUUUAUUACAUAGCUCUUCAAAGAUUCUGAAAAUUAACUGAGGUCCUGUCUGAUGUUCACUUGAUUUCUUUCCAAUGAUAGAUGUUUUAGACUGAAAUGUGGUUCCCUUGUUAAAGGCAGGGAGACUGAGCAGUUGUCUCUCUCUCCCUGCUGUUAUAGCCAUUUUGGCUAUAAUGGAUUCCUUUCCACUUUCUUGCUCAAACACUGGUAUAAAACACGCUAUAAGCAUGUCAGCUGACAAGUAUGGGAUUUGUGACUGGAGUUAAUGUUUUUUUGGAUGAGUCACUGACUUGAAAUGAAAGAGCUUCAUUUGCCCAUCACUGUAGUCCACUGCAGAUAAUUUAGUUUGUUACUCAGUCCUCAGGACUCACCCUUUGCGAUAACCUAACAUGUACCUAAUUGCUAGUCUAUAUAGGAGUAUUGCUUUUAAGAUGUUUCCAUUUCCUGGAGUGAAAAUUGAGAGCAGUUCUCAAAUAUGCAGUAUAUGAAUAUUUCUCUUGGCACACCUUGUCCAAUUCUUGUUCUUUUUACUGUAUGGCACACACUAAAACUUGUGUAUUCCUCACAGGGAUGUGUAGUGAUCCGCUAUACGGCUCCUUGGAGAUUGGUUUUCUUUUCAGAAUCCUUGGGUAUAAAUUCCUUGCAGAACUUGGCAAAGAAGCUGCUGGAGCUCCUCUUUGACUACAAAGUAGAGACGAAGCCCCUGCUCUUUCAUGUCUUCAGCAAUGGAGGUGUCAUGCUGUACCGCUACAUUGUGGAGCUUCUUCACACUCACCAGCAGUUCCAGCAUCUAAGGGUGGUGGGUACUGUGUUUGACAGUGCUCCUGGCAGGAAGAAUCUGCGGGGUGCGCUUGGUGCCCUCUCAGUUGUCCUAUCGUCAUACAAUGUAUGUGUUAAGUAUGCCCUUUUACUGACAUUUGCAAUUCUGGUGGUGACAUGGCGGAUGGUACUGUAUCCUGUGACCCGCUUUGUACAUGAGAGCCACUAUGAUGCCAUGUUGAAGCAACUCUCUAGAUGGCCUGAGCUAUACCUCUACUCCAAGGCGGAUUCUGUUAUUCAAGCAAGUGAUGUGGAGAAUAUGAUAGAGGCUCGGAAGCAGCAUCAGGUCCUUGUUAAGGCUGUGGACUUUGUGGACACUGAUCAUGUCAGCCACCUGCGAGCAUAUCCCACCUUAUACACAACUCAUUGCACCUCCUUUAUGUACAAUUGCAUUGGGAGCACUUAGGCUCACUUGGUGGCUGAUGUGAAGGUAUUAGUAUCUGCCUGUUCUCCCACUAAUAUUAUACUCUAAACCGUUCAUCAUUGCUUUUGAUAAAAUUCUGUUGCUGCCUCUCACUAAUGAAAGCCAAAGUAUUUCUCAGAACCUGAAUGUCUGAAAUUGUCAUAUAGCUGAGUAGCAGAGAGUGCGACUGUAGGAUAAAUAUGAGCAAACCCACACUGAUGCGUUUUGCAAUAUAUUCAUUCUUCUUGACUUUGGCUCAUGGGCUUUGGAAAGUACUCUAAUAGGCUCUGUGUUAUCUGUGCAUUUAAACAUGCACACUUCUGAGCUAAGAAAAACGAAAUUCUGCAACUUUUAUUUAAGUAUACACAUUUGCAUACACUCAUUUGGUAUACAGUGGACCCUCUGGAUACGAACUUAAUUCGUUCUGGGGGGUCCUUAUGUACCCCGAAAAGUCCACAACAUGAGGCGUCACUUCUGUGCACACGCACAGUGCGAUAGAGCACUUCUGCGCAUCAUGAAGUGUGUAGAGCAUCUUUGUGCAUGCACGCGCAGCGAAACCCGGAAGUAUACACUUUUGGAUUUGCUGCGUUCGCAACCCAAAAGUUACGUUACCCGAAGGUAACGUAACCCGAAGGUAACGUAAUCCAAGGGUCCACUGUAUUUUAUCCUGCUUCUCCUGAUCAUGGGGAGCAAGGACCUGUACGGGGUGCUGAAGCCCGUCCCUAACUAUUUGAAAUAUUAUAUAGCUUCCUGUUUGGUUUCUGAGAUUUUAGUAAGCACCAGCUCUCAAAUGUACCUGUGGCUGAUAUUAAAUUUUGUGUUUUGAUGUAUGUAGAAUUUAAAUGUAAAACCCUGCCAAUGUUCAUUUCAUCUUUCCAUUAACCUCUUCCACCUUUUCAAGGUUUCACCUUGUGAAGCAAAAUCAGUUCCUUUCUGUGCUACUGUAUACAACUCUGCAGUUAGUUGAUCCGCCACCAUCUCUAGGCUGCUUUUCUCUCUCUUAUACUUGUCUUGUGGCCAAGUACUUUUUAGCUGAGGACAGGAGGAGGCUUCUUGUGAGUUAAAGCAAGGCUAGUGACUCUAUAUAUAUAUAUAUAUAUAUAUAUAUAUAUAUAUAUAUAUAUCUCCAUAUAUAUAGCUCCAACUAAGCUAUAGACUAUAACACAGAAUUAAAAGGACAUAUCUAAAGUUGUGCAUAUCUCUUUUCUGGAUCUGUCUUCUGCAUUGCAUUUAUGAAAUCACACUCUUUUAUUCCAUAUUGAUCCAGGAAAACUUGCUAUAACUUUGGUAACAGUACGGAGGAGGGGUGGUGAAACAUUCUUUGCUGUCUUGUCUUGUGAGUACAGAGGUGGCUAGAAAGUUUUCUAGUAUCUAAUCCAUUUUACAUUAACUUGAUCAUGUGUCCAUUGUAGAAAUGCUUAAAACAGUGAAGGUUAUUGACUGAAGUUCUAGCCGAGCUGCUGUAGCUAAUUACUAUUUUUCAAAUGGGUGGAUUUACCUAUCUUGGUGUCAGUUUCCAUGUGUCCCCCCUAUCAAUGGGUCAAUAGCUCAGGGUAUUUUGCCCCCAGUUCAUAACUGUGUACUGGGGGAAAUAACUGGAGAGGAAAACAUGUUGCUGUUUGAUAUGUGCUAAAGUGUUUAAGAUGAUAACAAGCUAGGUGACUCAGAAAUAAUAGGCGACUAGAUCUAAACCUUUAGUGAGACUCCUGAAGAAUAAGGGUUUUAAAGCCUUAAAUAUAAAUAGUCCCUCAGUUGCCCUAGCUGCAGAUGUGCUAUUAGGAGAUUUUAAGGCUUCUCUCAAAUAGAUUUUACAGGUAGUGCAUUUAUACUUUAUCUGUUAAUAACAAAAACCCUAUAUUGCCACCUUUGUUGAAUGCAAUUCAUUUUACUGCUGCUUUCCCACAAUAUUGUCACAGAGUGGAAGAACUGAGCUGUUUGCACACCUAUAGAAAAAGAGACUGAAAUCUAAUUCCAGGAAUCAGUCUGUAGCUUUUAAUUAAAAAUAGGGCUUUCUAAUGUUUGCAGAUGCAUUUAUGCUGAAUAAUACAAAAUGGGCAUCAUGGUGUUGUGUUUUAAUGUCUUAUUCUUUCUGAUACACUGGAUGUCAGAUUUGGACUUCAACCAGAUGGACUUUAGUUCAUGUGCUUACAGAGCAAACCAGUUCAUUUUUUGCCCUGAAAUAGGAGUUAAGUCCUGUUGAAGUUACUAAGACAAAUGUGUGUAGGAUUGUAGCCUCAACUGUGAAAAUCUCUGUGUAACUUUGGGCCAGUCACAACAUUUUUGUCUAACCUACCUCACAGGGUUGUUGUGAGGACAGAAUAAGAUAACUUAUGAAGAUCUUGCUAAAUUGUAUUAUGGGACAAAUUGUGCUGUGUUGCAGAGAUAUUUGGACUGGAUCAUUUUAUAUGAUACAUAAUGGGUGUGUCCUACUUUUUUGUUAUUAUCGAGCCUAUGGUGGUCUGUGCUGUUUGCACUGACGGUUGCUUUCACUUGAACUUCUGCGAGCUUCCCACAGCUUGAGUGAGUUUGUUUAAAUUUAAACAUUUAUAUUCCACUUUUCAUUUUCCAAAGGAUAGCAAUAAAAAACCUUGAAAAUAUCACAGUGAAUAAAAACAAAAACCAAAUCAGAUAGCAGCAGGCUAUCUUCUAGACUGACUAAAACUGAAAGCAGCAGUGAUAAAAACAAAAUGCUACGUAAGCAGC